GAGAUCAGACAUAUCACAAUGCGGUUCCUAUACGUUCUUGUCUUCGGUGUGCUCUUGUGCCUUGUCCAGGCUCAGGAUGACACCACCACCACCGAAGCCUCCUCCGAAACCACCACCACCACCGCCGCCUCCUCCGAAACCACCACCGUCGCCUCCUCCGCCGCCGCCACCACCCCCGCUGCCUCCUCCUCCGACGACACCACCACCAAAGCCUCCUCCUCAACCAAGUCCCCUUCUUCGGCGGAGGCCAAGAGGCGCAGACGAGCCCGCCGCCGUCGCCUGGCUCGGGAGCGCCGUCGUCGGCAGGAGCGGAGGCAGCGCCAGGAAAAGAGGACGCGCAAGAUGAAGCAGCUGCUGGCGAGGCAGCGCCGUCUAAUCAACCAGCUUCAGGGUUAAGUGGGAAAGGGGGUCCUUAGAGUUAUUGCCGGCGGACAGCCUUGUUUUGGAAAUACAUACACUGCAUUAACUAA